AUGGCGGCGGAGGAUGACGAAGGCGACACAUUCAGAGACUUUAAAUUCCCAUCCUUCCCUCCCAAUCCUCCUCCUACCACCACCUUCCAUUCUCAUCAUUUACCCCCAUCCAAUGCCAUUAAUUCGUCCACCGACGAUGACAAAUGGGGCGAUUUCGUCGAAUUCCCGCAGCAACUCUCCUCCACCCAAUCAGAACCCUCCAAAUCUCAAUCAGCCGAUUCCAAAAUGAUGAUACCGACUCGGUGGGUGAAGCCGAGUGGCGCAUUGCCACUUGCGUUAUUUGGGGAUGCCGAGGAGGAAGAGCAUGAGGAUGGGGGUGGGGUUGAUCUCAAUUCCAGUUUUGAUAGUAAUGAUACUAGGAAUGGAUCGGAUUACAAAUGUGUUGGUAAUACUAAUACUUUUGGGGUUAAUGACAUUAUUGCUAAUCUGUAUAAUCAGACUCGGAAGAUCAAAUUUGAAAAUGGAUCUGGAACGAAUUCCAGCCCCAGUGUUGAUUCCAAUGCUAAUGAUUUGAUUUUGGAUGAUAAGAGUGCGGAAGUGAGGGUUGAAAAUGGAUUUUAUUCCUGCUCGAAAUUGAAUGCUGUAAGUUUGGGAUUUAGUGAGUGGAACCUAGAUUUUAACGGGAUGAAUUUGAAUUCUAAUGUCAAUGGUACUAAAAACUUGAGUGAUAAGAGUACUGAAAAUGGAUCUGGUACGAAUUCCAACACCAGGGUUGAUUCGAAUGCAAAUGAUUUGGUUUUGGAUAGUAAGAGUAGGGAGGUGAAGGUUGAAAAUGGAUUUUCUUAUAGCUCAAAUUUGAAUGCUGCAAGUUCCUUAUUUAGUGAUUGGAAUAUGGAUUUUAAUGGGAUGAAUUCUAUUGUCGAUGGUACAAAAAGUUUAAGUGUUCACAGCCAGCAGAUAAAGAGUGAGAACUUUGGGUUAAGUAUUAAAUCGAAUGGAUCGGAUGCAUAUCAAGAUGGCUCAAGCUCGCAUCUUUUGGGUGGAUGGACUUUGGAAUUAAAUAAGUUGACUUCAAAUUUCGAUAAGAAUGGUAGAGAAAAGGAAUUGGAUGGAACCACACGUGAUGAUGACAAGGAUGAUGACGUAGAUGAAGGAUGGGAAUUUAAGGAUGCGUAUUCAGAAUGGAGGCCUGGAGAUGUGAAUAAUAUGGUUGACUCCAACGUGCAUGACUUUUCUGGGAAAAGUGCAUACUCAUCUGGGAUUGGUAGUGGCUCAAUUGAUUUGUUUGACGCCGCAAAUCAAUCUAUUGAUUUGUUUUCCGCUUCAACUGAAGUUGAUUUGUUUUCCACCUCCAGUGGUUUUCCUAGUAGUUCCCAGGAAGUGAACUUAUUUGAGGUCCAGCCAAGUAUAGCAGCUCCAAUCAGUUUUGUUUCAGAUACAAACUCAAACAUUGAAUGUACUGAUAUUAAAGAUGGGUUGAACCCUAGUUUGGAUGUUGGAUAUGCUGAAUCUGAUGAUGGUUUUGGGGAAUUUACCAAUGCAUUCUCUGAAAGUGAACCAAAGCCAAGGGAAGCAUUGGAUGAUAUUCUUUCUCUAUCUAAAGAAGCAGUAUCGAUGCUGGAUGGCAAAGUACAGGGGAAGGAGACUAAGUUAAAUAAUCAUGAAGGUGCACUGCACCUAUCCAUCUUCGGCGAUGAAGAGCCAGAAACUAAUGGUCACGUGGAUGUUCAAGAUGCUUUUAUGCAUCAGCCCACUUCUUAUCAAAGAAAUAGUCAUGCUUCCAACUCAGUUAUUCCUAUUAAUGAUCUUUUAUCAAAUUUAUACAGCCAAGCCGAGCAGGCUUCUUCUGUAGACACCAUGCAAAAACCAAUUGAAAUCAAGUUGAGCCCAUCUGAUGCAGUGUCGAAGUCAGACAGAGUGCAUAAUGAUGAUGGUGGUUUUGAUGAUAAUACAUGGGAAUUUACGGAUAACUUCUCUAAAAAGAGAAACAACGAUGAGGCCUCUCUUUUUAGUGUUGAAGAUGAACAUUUGGUCAGCUCUUCCAAGCUGGAGUUGAAUAAUUUUGUGGAUUUCUAUUCUAGAUUAAAGGAUGAGUUGUGCUUCAUUGCUAAAGUUCAUAUAGAAAGCCUAAAGAAUGCUCGAAGUACUGCUGCUCUUUCUAGCAAAUUUGCAGAAGUGGCAGCUCUUGAUAAUGAAAUUCUGGAGGCUUCCAAGGAACUUGAUCAAAUGAAUGUUAUAUUUAAAGAGGAUGAUUCACUGGAUCACCCUUCAGGAGAAAGUUAUCUCAAGGAAUUUAUUGAAGUUCUUUUUGAGCCAAAGUUUCUAGUACUUGAAUCAGAAUAUCACUUAUCAGAAAAAUUGCUACUAGUGAAGCGGGAUCUGAGAUUAGCCAUAGAACUUAUAAAACAUACAACAACUAUGAUGAAGAUAUUGAAGUUAGGAACAUUGGAGGAACAACAAAUGUAUGUUACGACAUGGUUCGAGAUGAUUUCUGUUUGCAGUCAAGAGUUGAAGCAUGGUUCCUUAAUUUGGAAGCAGGCAAUUGAGAAGAAAAUUCAAAGUCAGAUACUGUCUGAACCUCAAGGACGGGAGUUUAUAUUAGCCGUAGGAGAGAUUUACAAGGUUGUGGUGAUAAUUGGAGCUUCAGCCAAAAUUUUCAAGCCUUGGACCAUAUCCUGUUGGUCAAACAUUGAUAUUCUUCUAGAGGAAUGUCAUACUCUAUGGUCGACUUCAGGAUUUGAAGAAGCUCUUUUGAGUGUAUCAGAAACAUCUUCAUCAGAUGAUGCAUCAUUGAUUAAGUCCAUCAAAUACAUAUGUGGUCUUGAUGCAUUUGCUCUUCAAAACUGUUUUUUCACACAGCAUGAAUCUUUAUGCCGGCUAUCAAUUUUAUCUGCAGGAGCAGUACCAGGCAUGAAGAUGAUAAUGUGGGAAGAUGAGCAAUACUUUGUGACACUUGCGAAUUUGUGGUCAAAUUUGAUGUUGGAACGACUGGCGAGUGGUGGUGGUGAUGAUGAUCUAGGUGCACUUCGGCAACUCCUGACUGAUCAACCUAAUAUUCCCAGAGAAGAAGUGCAAUUGAUAUUUCAUAAGGUUUUUGCUGAAGAACUCUGCUGA